AAGCGACACAAUUUCGCAGUUUCGGUCGUAUCUUUAGUCUCUCGGCUGCACUCUCAACUAGGAGCUGUAUAAAAGAGAGUGCCUGGCCAGCUAAAGAGUUAGUUGGGGAUUAAUUGCUGUGCUGUGAAUUGUGGAAAAGUGCCUUACCUUAGCACAGCACCGAGGCGUCAAAGAAUUAUUCUCGGGAGUGACUUUGAAGAAGAUUUUUGUAUGAAGUGCAAGUGACUUGAGAUGCAUCACAAAAUGAGUGCAAGUGCUAUUUUUCAGGCAACAAUUAUUGGAAUUUUAUUGUUGGAAUGUAAAGCUCUUUCAGUUCAUGCCCAAAAUGACCAAAGAUCAUUCCCAUCGGAUUUUCUUUGGGGAGUGGGCUGUUCAUCUUAUCAAUUAGAAGGGGGCUGGAAUGCGGAUGGCAAAGGUGAAUCAAUUUGGGAUCACCUGACUCACAAUCAUCCCGAAAUGAUCGCGGAUCAGAGCACUGGAGACAUUGCUGCAGACAGCUAUCACCUGUGGCGAAGAGAUGUCGAGAUGGUAAGAGAAAUGGGUGCCCAUAUCUACAGAUUUUCCCUAUCCUGGAAUAGGAUUAUGACCACCGGAAUAGUCAACACGGUCAAUGAGCCUGGUAUCCGUUACUAUAGUGACCUAAUUGAUGAACUAUUGCGCUAUGAUAUCACACCAAUGGUCACACUGUAUCAUUGGGAUCUGCCACAGAGGCUCCAGGAGAUGGGUGGUUUUGCAAAUCCUGAGAUUAUCAAUUACUUUGCGGACUAUGCCAGAGUGGUUUUUGAGCGAUUCGGCGACCGUGUUAAAUUCUGGACAACGUUCAAUGAACCAAUGCAUGUUUGUGAAUACGGUUAUGGACAGGCCAGUAGGGCACCAGCUUAUGCUUUCCCAGGGAUCCCAGGUUAUAUCUGCACACACAAUUUGCUGAAAGCUCAUGCGGAAGCUGUUCACUUGUACAGGGAUAGCUUCCAGUCGACACAAAAUGGUAAGAUUGGCAUAACUAUGGAUUCACGGUGGAACGAGCCAAAGACUGAUAGUGAGGAUGAUAAGGAGGCUUCUGAAAUGGCUAUGCAAUUCUACUUGGGAUGGUUCGCUCAUCCAAUUUUCUCGGCCACAGGAAACUAUCCUCAAGUAAUGAUUGAUAGGGUAGACGCUUUAAGUAUGCAACAGGGUUUCCCAAGAUCCCGUCUACCAAAGUUCACUCCUGAGGAAAUUGAGAGGAUCAAGGGAACGUCUGACUUCUUUGGGCUUAAUACCUACACAACAUCUUUGGUGACGAAGAAUGAUCAGAGCAACACAGCUGGCUACAGUGUUCCAUCCUUCCAGCACGAUGUGAACAUUGUUAGGAGCACUGAUCCAUCCUGGCCAACAGGUGCCUCCGCGUGGCUUAGUGUGGUGCCAUUUGGAAUGCACAAAUUGCUGAAUUGGAUCCGGAAUGAGUAUGACAAUCCUCUAGUUUACGUGACUGAGAAUGGGUAUUCAGAUUUUGGAGGCACCAAAGAUAUCGGUCGAGUCAACUACUACAAUUCCUACCUCGAAGCAAUCCUCGAUGCCAUCGAGGAUGGCUGCAAUGUUAAGGGAUACGUUGCUUGGAGCAUUAUGGACAACUUUGAGUGGAUGGCUGGAUACACUGAGAGAUUUGGCCUCUACCAUGUCGACUUUAACGAUCCAAAUCGAACGAGAGUGCAGAAGACGUCUGCAAAGGUAUUCGCCAAGAUAAUCAGCACUAACAAAAUCGAUUGGGAUUAUCUGCCGGAACCAGAAGUUUUUAUAGAGGAACCCAGCAGUUCUUAUCAAAUUUCCUUGAGCUUUACUCUGCUUGGUAUUGCUCUUUUUGCGACCAUUUGGCGAAUGUGAAGCAUACAAAUAUCAAAAAUUAAAAGAGUAACAGUUUUACAAUUUUUAAGAUACAGGGGUCUCGGGAUUUGCAUAUUUUCGGGUCCGAGAAAAGCGCGCGAAACAGAAAUUUUGCAUAGUGGUGGUGUCUACACUUAUGGAUAACGCAAAAAUAGAUAGAUAGAUAGAUAGAUAUUUUAUUUCCAAUCUGUAACUUGGUUGCGUCUGCCGCCGUCUUACAAUUUCCGGGCUCACCAGGUAAACGACAGAAACCCUGGACCAUAGACCGUAUAUGCCAUUCAUACAAUCGAGUAGUUUGCUGAUUAUAAAAUUAAUUAAAAUAAAUUAAUAAAUCUUAAGUUAUUACAUUUAACAGAAUUCGAAAAAUCAAAAAAAUUGUUAAUUACAUUAAUUGUUAAGUAUAGACUCCACCCUACUCUCAGGAGAUUUCUUUUGAAUAAAUUACGGAAACGCCGUAAAAUAUACAAAUUUAUUGGCGCCAAUAUUUGGACUAUUUUCAGCGUGAACUGUUUACGCAUUUGAAAUUUAUCGCCUCGACAAAAAUGCAUACAUUUAGGGGAAUAUCAAAAAUAAUUUCACAAAAGAGCUCCUGAUAAUAGACAAUAAUGCAUUAAGUGUAUUUACAUAUUCCCAUCAUAUGCAUAAUUCCGACAUACAUAAUCCCGGAACCCUCUGUAUUUCUUUAAAACUGUUGCUGUGGGUAGUUCCUUUAAUUUCUUGUUAAUUUUUGUGAUACAUUUCUCCAAAACUGGUGUUCUCUUGAAUAUCUCAUACAAAGUAUGACUAGUCAGGAUUUCGAAGAUAAGGAAGUGAUGUUAUUUGUUUUGUUCUUAAAAAAUGUAAUGCCUUUUUCCCCUUUUUCAAUUUUUUUCUACAUUUAAAUUAAAUUUUCUAAGGUUUCUAAGUAUUUUUCAAUUGAAAAUUGUCUACAAAAUGACAGAUUUCUUGACAGUUUUUGUUGAUUAUGAAUUUGUUUUAAUUAAAUUAAUACCAUAAAAAAGAACAUUUUAAUGUAUGAAUAAAUUUCACUUUGUGUUAAUGGACUGAUAAAUCUGAUUAAUUUUUUUACUAUAAAAGUUUAAUAAGAUUUAAAAAGAAGUGCCAUAUUUUCUAAAAUUUUUAAUAAUUAUGUAAUAUUUAAAAAGAUAUUGUCUCCAAAAUAAAAUAAUGCUAUUAAUUAAACAUAAUUGUUUGUAAACAGUACUACUGUAAUCAAAAUGUGUACUAGACAAAAUUAAUGUUGUUUCUACAGAAAU